GAAUAUAGUAGAAGUACCCCCAACGAAGUCUUCGAUCCGACAUCACGAGAAGUUUACGAAAAAUGCAGCUAUGUCGAACCGUUUCAGCGCUAUAUCUGGCGGCACUGGCAUUCGUUUCCGUUCCGAUGUUCGCGACGGAAGCCUUCAUGACAGGCCAGCCGCACACGAUUUCGUCGGUUGGUAGCAGUAGAUUGGAUACGAGACAAUUUGUUUUCGACCGCAUGACGGAAGAUUGCAUCGGUGCCAUUGUCACAUCACAGAAACAAGCGCAAAAGUUUUCUCAGAAACAGGUGGAACUUCCAUUUUUAGUGGCCGGUGUCGUCGACCUUCCCGAAACACCUGCGAUGGAACGAACUCUGAAGCAGUAUGGUGUCACAUGGAGAAAAACGGUCAGUGCCUUGGGAGAGCUCUAUCCCGACCAGGGAAAAUCCCAAGGGCUGGGAGGAUUUUUCACGGCCCCUGAUCCGAGCGACGACCUUGCCUUUGGAAGGGACGUUCAAAAAGUCUUGAAGGAGGCAGGAAACAUCGCUACCGCAAUGGAAUCUCAGAAAAUCCAAACACAUCAUCUGCUCUUGUCCAUGCUCCAGUACAAAGAAGGGGACCCACCAAGAGCGGUUACGGAUGCUUCUACCAACGGAGCCUACUAUUUGUUGACGAAGAUCGACCCGGACAUCGACGCCGUAGACAUGUGUGUUUCGUUGCUCGGUCACCUGGCUGAAUCCGAUGAAAACGAACGCGACUUGGUGACAGGAGUUGGCAGUACCGCCGGAACAAAAACUCUCGACGAGCUCGGAGUGGAUCUUACGGCUCAGGCAAAGGAUGGUUUGUUGGACGUCGUCCAGGGACGGGACAAAGAAAUGGACUCCUGCAUUCGAACGCUUGUCCGCAGACGAAAAAACAAUGUGUGUUUGGUCGGAGAGGCUGGAGUAGGGAAGACUUCAAUUGUCGAGGGUCUUGCCCAGAUUUUGGUCUCCGACAGAUGCCCCCAACGCUUGAAAGGAACCCGGUUGGUGUCUCUCGAGCUCGCCAAUCUUGUUGCUGGAACUAAAUAUCGGGGGGAAUUCGAGGAACGUCUCCAGGCUGUCGUGCAAGAGAUAUCCGAUCCUAAGGCUCCUCCUACAAUCUUGUUCAUCGAUGAGGUAAGUUCAGUGAAACAAAAUUCGAGUCACCGACUCCUUUGUUAGACAAGGUUGCUUGGAAAGAAAAUGACUGCACAACAAACGAUAAAUUCCUUCGAUCGCUUUUUAUAUUUCAUUUUAAGAUUCAUAACUUGGUCGGAGCAGGAGCGGCCGAGGGCGGAAUGGACGCUGCGAAUCUUCUUAAACCUGCUCUUGCCCGAUCGCAGCUUCAACUUAUUGGAGCUACGACGAUUUCCGAGUACCGUAAAUACAUCGAAAAGGACGCUGCGUUGGAAAGACGUCUCCAACCUGUCAUGUGCAAGGAACCCACUGUUCCUGAAACAGUUGAUAUCCUUCGUGCUAUUGCCGGAUCGUAUGAAAAGCACCACAAAGUGAAAUAUUCACCCGACAGUCUUGUAGCUGCAGCCAAAUUAUCCGAGCGUUACCUUACCGACCGUUUUUUGCCAGACAAGGCAAUCGAUUUGAUGGACGAAGCCGGAGCCAUAGCCCAUCUUUCCAGCUUUUCGGUGUCAAAUGAUGUAGACAGGGAAGAAGGCUAUGCGACUAAUGAGGAGGGCGAGAAUAAUGUACCAUUGGUGGAUGAACAAACUGUUAUGGAAAUUAUCAGUGAGUGGGCCAAAAUUCCGCUCGGGAAACUCGAGUCCAGCGAAAUGAAUCGAUUGGUUCAACUAGAGGAAGACAUGACUCUCCGAGUCAAAGGACAACAAAAAGCAAUCCAAUCAGUUUCACGUGCAGUUCGUAGAGCUCGCUCUGGUUUGAGAGAUCCAAACCGUCCCAUUGCUUCCUUCAUGUUUUGCGGACCAACCGGAACUGGUAAGUAUAAGAUCAAAUCACCUGUGUGAAAUAGACUGUCAAAUCAUGUAACUCGUGCUGACACAUACUGCUCCCGCUUAUUGUUUGGUUGUUCAGGUAAGACGGAAUUGUGCAAGACCUUAGCUGAGACAUACUAUGGAUCUGAAAAAGAUAUGAUUCGAAUUGAUUGUUCUGAGUACAUGGAGAAGCACUCUGUUUCGAGAUUGACUGGCCCUCCACCUGGCUACAUUGGCUAUGACGAAGGCGGUCAAUUGACAGAGGCCGUGCGACGAGCACCACAUUCUGUAGUUUUGCUUGACGAGCUUGAAAAAGCACACGGUGACGUCCUUAAUAUCUUACUUCAGAUUCUGGAGGACGGCAUGUUGACAGACGGGAAAGGCCGCACUGUGAACUUUAAGAACACAAUCUUGAUCAUGACAUCGAACGUUGGUAGCCAAAAUAUUCUCGCACUGUCACGACAGCAUAGUGAACAGCAGCAAGGAGACUCACUUUAUGCGCAACUUUCGGAGACUGUGAAGGAAUCGUUGGAAGCUACGAUGAAACCUGAAUUACUCAAUCGAAUGGAUGAAAUUGUGGUGUUCUCCCCCUUGUCCGGCACUGACCUCUCAAGCAUUACUGGUUUGAUUUUGAGUAAAACAAUCAAAAGAGCAGAAGCAGAGCAAGACUUAAAAAUCUCUGCCACUCCUUCGUUAUGUGAAAAGGUGAUGGAAGAAGGGAGCAGUAAUGCGGCUCAAUUUGGAGCUCGUCCGAUGAGGCGUGCAGCACAGCGAUUUUUCGAAGAUGCUGUUUCUGAUGCUCUCAUCCGCGGAUUCUUGAAGAAAGGAGAUGAGGCCAUUGUUGAUUUAGUGGCUGAAGCGAAUGGAUCCUCUAGUCAUCAUACUGUAGAAGUCCGCAGAAGCUCCGACAAUGAAGUGUUGCAGGUACUUGUUGACAAAGUCAGUCAGGGCAUCGGAAGUGCACAAAUGCAGCGUGAGGACACUAUAGAGAAACUAUCAUCCAUGAUGGAUGACGCCCCCCGCACGAAGAAGAAAAGUAGGCCUUCUGAGGACAUCGAUGUUGAGGUUGAUCCAGUCAGGUAGCCAUUAGAUCCAACACGGAGUUCAAAUUUAUAAUAUUCCUGCCACCUGUACAUAAUGGUACUGCGUUGCGCCAUCCAAUUCUUUUUAUUUUUCAAGUAAACUGCGGUAAAUGUU